AUGCCGCAGCAUGGCAACAUUCGAGCUGCACCAGCAGCUGCUUCAGUCCCAGCUGCACAACUUGCAGCUGGAAGCGGUGCACGCCUCUUCCAAAGAGUUCGAGAAGCAGCAGCAGCAGCUGCUGCUGCUCGUGCCGCCGGGGGGGGAAAAGGCGGCGGGCGGAAUUCGCUUGUGUACCUACCCCCCUUUGAAGGGAUUGAAUAUACGCGUAUUGCAGCGCAGAAGGACCUGUGCAGCCCUCUUGGGCAGGCGAGAAACAGCCAAAACGCCCGCUGCCCAUGUAGUACUUCGGGUGUCUUGUGCGGAGGGGGGCAGGAGGUUUGCAGUACUCCUGGAUACGUAGGAGGAGGGGGGACGGGGAGCGGAGCUUGCUCAGGCGCAGUCUCCGUUGGUUCGCUGCCGAUCCACAAGCACAGAGACAGGAUACUGGAGCACAUCAACAACAACUUCAUUACGUGCAUUCAAGGCGAGACUGGCUGUGGGAAGAGCACGCAAGUUCCCAAGUUUCUUCUAGAUCAGGAUGCGCUAGCUCAGAAGACACUGCAAGCGCUGAAAGCGGGGAAGAAGCAGUGCUGCCCUUCAGGAGCUCCUCUUCCUUUGCCGCCUCUCGAGAACUAUCGCCCGUUGCGCUGUAUCGUCACUCAGCCACGACGGCUCGCGUGCAUUUCCCUUGCACAGCGCGUGGCAAGAGAACUGGGGGAAGAGACGGGUGGUGUGGUAGGCUACAGGAUAUCUGGAGAGAGCAAAACAAGCCGCAGGACGAAGAUCUUCUUCAUGACAACAGGCUAUCUCCUGCAAAUCCUCAUCAAUGCACAGCCUGCCUUGGCGCACAUGCUAACCGAAGAGGAGCUUAGCUUGGAGGCUGCAGGCAAACUCGCCGCGCUGCAGCAGCUUCAGCAGCGUCAACAACAGCAGCAGCAGCAGCAACAGCAGCAGCUCGAAUCGGAGGGAUAUUUGAACGAGGUUACUCAUGUAGUUCUCGACGAAGUUCACGAGCGAGAUGUGGAUGCGGAUCUCCUUUCACUGGUGCUCAAAUUGCAGCUGCGCAGUCGCAUUGGGAAGCUGAAGAUUGUGGUCAUGAGCGCCACAAUGGAGGGCAAUCUUUUUUUCAACUACUUCUCCGACAUCCAUCUGAGGAACGUGCCAGGAGAAGACAAGCCAUCGCUUUUGCCGGCUGCAGACGAGCACGCUGAGGAAAAGCGAAGUCGCGAACAAGGUCGCCUCAAAGAUACAGACGCAGUGUACCCCGACAAGAUUUUUGUAGGCGCAAGACGCUUCCCCGUGCAUAUCGUGUAUCUGGAGGAUCUCCUGAGGGGGGAGAACGAGGUGACUGGCUUGCGCGCCGUUUCCUCCGAGCAGCUUUCUGGAGAGGCGUUGCUGAUCGAAGGCAAGGAGGAGGAUGAAGGCAGCGCCAUCUGCACGUCAGCGACGAAUGGAUCUGCGGAACCGCUAGGACGGAUGGAAAGUACUUCAUCGCCAGGAGUCUGCACAGAGGUCGAUCUCAAAAACAACGGCCCGACACAGGCUAAGUUGGAGAUGGAUAUCCUUGGCGCUCUCCUCAAGCGUAGAUCCUUAUCGCUGCAAAAAAUCUUCAAUUCCUUCACGCGCACAGCACUCUACGAGCGGUCUUCGUGUGUAAACGAUGAAGCCUGGGGACGAAAAAAGAGGGCAGAGAAAAAGGGAAAAAAUAGUGUUAGUUGA